UUCUGGCCCCUCCGUGAGUCGGGAUAUUGGCGCACUCCCCCUUCCCCUGUCACCCUCCGCGCGGCCCGCUGACUGAAAUAUUAAACACAAAACCCUCUGACUCGACUGUGCUGGAGUCAGAGCGAAUAUCGUGGCUCGAGAACACAGAGCCAUGCUGUGUGAACGGCUCGGGAGUUUUUACGCAUGGAUGGUUAAAUAUACGUGCUACCUUACACACGAGAGGCAUGGAAUUUAUUAACGAAGAAAAAUGGAAUAAUUUUAACAAAGGAAAUUGAAAUAUUUUGUAAGUUAAUAUACGUGUAUAUUUAACAAAUAUAAAAAUGCCCAGCGUGGUUUUACUUGGGUACAAGUUUAAUUGGUACCAGUUGAUAUAGUGCUUUAGAGAAGUUAUAAGAAGUGUGAGUGUUUUUUAAGACAACGGUUCGUCAUGAAUAUCGGAAAAGAACAGAACAUCGUGGAUGACAACAGGAAUAACUUUAACCAUGUUGGAGUCUUCAUGCCGGAGUCGGAUUCUGGAGACGAUUCGGAACCAACUUACCGGGCUUAUAGUGAUAAUGUGGAUACGGAUGUUAGCAACACACAGGACGAGGGGGACGCUCCCUCACCCCCUGCCCCACGGGCAGACAGGAGGGUACCCGUAGUGCCCCUCAAUAACCUCAACAUGUUGACCAGUAGUGAUUCGGACAGUUGCACAGACGCCGAGUUUCUCGGCGGGCAGACGACAGAUGACACUAGCAGUACGUCGGAGUCCGAGGAAACUCAAAUUUGGGUGCCUGUUGGGAACAGAAAUGGCAGUCGUAUGAGCACUUCUACUCCUCCUCUGCCGAGUCUGACCAGUUCAAACGCCAGUGACAGUCAACAGAGUCCCAUUAACCGGAACACGUUGCCGAGAUAUUCCCCACGUGACAUGUCGUCAUCAGGAAAUAACUCCAACGUCACUUCCCCUACAGAACCAUGUGACGACACCAUGGGACGAGGCCGGCGACAUUCGUGGCAAGGUCAUGGACACAGGCGGCUCUCGCCAAAACGAGUCAGUGUGCUACGUCACGAUCCCGUUACCGGGACAACGGAAGCGGUGCUUGUUGACAAUGUUCCGAAUGGAGAUUCAGGUAUUGGCCAUGAUAUUACACACUCCACGACAGUCCACGGAGAACUCUUUUAUCCUGACUCUCCUUCCAAUAUAUCUCUGUCCAUCCUGAAAAAGAGGGACGGGCGAUGGGGUGACGUCACUCAGUACCCAUGCGACACUACCCUUGUGGACAGUCUUUUCAUCAUCGUAAGCGGCCUGUAUGCUAUGCUCGUUGUUGUGAUGGGCUGCGUGAUGCCUAUAGCAGAUAUAUUUGCUACAAAACCGAUGCCAUAUUUAUUUGAGGGCUUUUACAUAUACCUAUAUAGUGUGAGCAUAAUUUUCCUUAUAUACGCCUAUGUAUAUUUGCUACAAAACAAGACAGUGCGGCUGCGCAAGAAGGUCAAACGACGGAUGAACUCACCGGAAUCAAAUGGCUCUACUUCCAGUCGGAAGCGGAAGUACUCAUUUGAUGUGUCAAGGACAUACAACACCGGAAGUUUCUAUCUAAGAUUAGGAGCCGUCGCGUUUGGCGUCGGGAGUAUGAUUCAGAGUGGCCUUCUCUUUGGACAAUUCUUUUACUCCGAGUCGUUCUCGUCAUGCAGUGACCCAGUCCACGGAGUGCGACCUCUACUACAGCUUAGCUUCACCUUCAUACAGCUCUAUUUUGUCUUCCUUAACUCAAAGAUGUGUAUCCACCGCUACAAAAGCUUAGCCAGGUUCGGACUUAUGCACAUGGUCGCCACUAACUUGUGUGUGUGGGUGGAGAACAUCGUCCGGGAAACACUGCGCGAGAUCGAGACAUAUAACUUCCGCCAGAGGAAAGAGGGCACAUGGAUAAGUCCGCACGUGUUAAACAAUGAAUCAGUUCCCAUGGUACAGAACGGUUCCGGAACGUCUGUCGGUGUCGUGAGAUGUAACGGUAACUCCCUAAUGAAGUCCGUAGUGGAGUCAUCUGGACCAUACCUGUAUCCGUGUAGUGUGGAGUACAGUAUUAUCUUUGCAGGUAUCCUGUACGUCAUGUGGAAGAAUAUCGGACGGUUCCACAUGGGUUACGAUGGUAACGACAUACAGGACAUUGAAUCAAAAGCGAAGGCUCAAAGGAUUAACGUCGACUGUUCUGGAUCCAGCCGGGGACUUUUCAUCGGAAUCUUCGUUCUGGUUGCCACAGUCAUUACUAUGAUAAUAUUUUUUGUUCUGAUCGGUUCCAUGUCGUAUCUGGAUACAGCUCUCAAACUGGAACACCUUUCAGAAGUUGUCAUCUACGUUUUGACGUCGAUCGCGGUCAUCUUGGCGUUUCACAGAAUGCAAACUUUACGUUACUCGAUCGAGAAGCAGAUUGACCUUGAGGAAAGUCUUCUGUUGAUCGGGUUGGUUGGAGAAUUUACCUUCGGAUUAUUUAGUAUCAUCGCCGCUGCUAUGGACAGUCAAGAAUCCAAUGGAUUCCUUGUCAUAUUAUCAAGUGUCUUGGGAAUGUUCCAGGCAACACUUCAGACUGUAUUCCUUCUGCACGCGCUCCGGAAAUCGGCGGGAAAACGGGAGCACGAGCGCCAGAAGCCAGGUCGCGAGUUUGUGACGUUCUUGUUAGUGUGUAACAUUGCUUUGUGGAGUAUUAACACAUUUGAAGUGCUGCGCUCACAAGCUAACCCAAUGCAACUCAACUACUACGGUGUAGUGGCUUGGAACAUUGUCAACCACGUGUCUAUUCCACUAACGAUAUUUUACAGAUUCCACUCAACUGUAUGUUUGUCGAACAUAUGGAAAAACGCAUGGAGGCGACGUUACCCAAGUGGUUAGAAUCUAGUAAAUUUAAUUAGUUGUAGCGAAGAUCAAAAUCAACCCAUUGUCACUGCUUGGUGCUACUGAAUCAUCGAAUCAUCGUGUUUCUUCACCAAUCAUGUUCCUGCAUUCUCAUCUAAUGAAAGGAUUUAAAGAUAACAGUGAUAUAACCAUUCUCGUGUUCAACCACGUGACUGUAUUGAACUUUGACCUAAUGAGAUGAAGAUAGCAUUAACGUUGGCUGGA